UUGGAAUCGGCGCCCGGAAGGCUUCCGGCGUUGGGCCGCAGUGUGAGUCGGGAAACGAUUUUAAACGAGGCGGCGGCGGCGGCUAGCGAGUGAAUUGCGGAUUUUCAACGGCGGCUUUUGGCGGCCGUUGGACUCCGGUGGAGCGUGCCAGGUGGGACACCUUGUCCCUUGCCCUUCCCCUCCGCGGGCAGAGGCCGACUCGGCAGGAGCGAGGGUCGCAGAGCUGGUGGCCGGGUCCGCGGAGCUGUCCCGCGGGGUGAAGUCGCGGCGCUCCCCCCGGCUUCCAAGGGAGCGGAAGCGUCUCCAGUGGGCCGGCCUCGCCCUUAGCCGCCCUUUGGGCGGCUUUUGUACCUCAGGGGAUGUCAGUCUCGGCGACGUGCUGGCCCAGCUUUGAAGAAUGACUCGCGACGCCGGCGUGGGGGACAGAGUCAUCGCGGCACUUCACUGACCAUGGAUUCUUAUGCUACCCCAGAAUCGACUCCCAGACGAAGUGCAUCCUCAAGGCUUAAAGAUCACUUUAUAGGUGCUACUCCUCUGCAGAAGCGGUUGGAAUCAGUCAGGAAGCUGACUUCAUUUGUCCCGCCUUCACCUCAAAGGAAAAUUCCCCAGUGUUCACAGUUGCAGGAAGAUGUUGAUCCUCAAAAGGUUGCAUUCCUUCUACAUAAGCAAUGGACCCUGUAUAGUUUAACUCCCCUGUAUAAGUUCUCCUACACUAAUCUCAAAGAGUACUCUAAAUUUCUGAGUGCAUUUAUUGUUGCUGAAAAGCAAAAAGGACUUGCUGUGGAAGUGGGCGAAGACUUGAACAUCAAAGUGAUUUUCUCUACUCUCCUGGGAAUGAAAGGAACACAAAGGGACCCUGAUGCAUUUCUCGUCCAGAUUCUGUCAAAAUCUCAAUUGCCAUCUGAGAACAGAGAAGGUAAAGUGUUGUGGACUGGUUGGUUCUGCUGUAUAUUUGGAGACAGUCUUUUGGAGACUGUUUCAGAAGAUUUCACCUGCUUACCCUUAUUCCUUGCAAAUGGAGCAGAGACUAAUACAGCCUUAAUUGGAACCUGGUUUCAGAAAACUUUUGACUGUCAUUUCAGUCCUUUAGCAAUCAAUGCAUUUAAUCUUUCCUGGAUGGCAGCUAUGUGGACUGCAUGCAAAAUGGACCAUUAUGUGGCUACUACUGAGUUUCUUUGGUCUGUACCGUGUAGCCCUCAAAGUCUGGAUAUUUCUUAUGCCAUACAUCCGGAGGAUGCAAAAGCUUUGUGGGACAGUGUCCACAAAGUCCCUGGGGAAGUUACCCAGGAGGAAGUUGACUUGUUCAUGGACUGCCUUUGUUCACAUUUCCAUAGGCAUUUCAAAAUUCACUUAUCAGCCACAAGAUUGGUUCGCGUUUCAACAUCUGUAGCUUCAGCACAUACUAAUGGAAAAAUAAAGAUUCUGUGUCAUAAAUACCUUAUUGGAGUGUUGGCAUAUUUGACAGAACUGGCAAUUUUUCAAAUUGAGUGAGGCCUUGUGGGGAUCAUAAGUCAUGGAUUUUAUACCUUUUUCUCAUUGAUUGAUUAAUUGCUAUGCUGAGAAGGGACUGCAGGAGAAAUGGGCAUCCAUCUCUGCAUCUGUUUCCUCACAGUGCCUUUGGAGGUGCCUGUAGAAGCCAAGAAGGAUCUAGAACAGAAGGUGGUAGGGGAUGAACCACAGCCACAGCACUUCUGUAAUAGUCAUGACGAUCAGGGGUGCCAGUCUCUAGAAAAUGCUGAGUUGUUAUUUGUGGGCCAUCUUCCUAAAAAAUAAGUAAUGUUUAGUAUGUCAGACGUUUCGGAUUCAAAUGAGAGAGCUCUAAUAUUCAGUAUUUCUGACUUGGGUCUCUAAAACUUUUAGUUCCUUGUAAGCAUUUUAGACUUGCAUUGAGAGAAUUUCUGUCUUGCAAAGACAUUUUCCUAGUACAAUUUUGCUGUAGAGGACUAGCAAUCAAAAAAUCUCUGCAAAGGAAACUAAAAAUGAAUAUGGAUUUUUUAGAAGCCAUUAAUAUGCUUGUUUUUAAUAUUCAUUUCUUAUUGCAGUGUUGAAUUAAAUAUAUUCACUUUUAAAAUGAAGCAGUGUGUUUAUCAAUAUCUUGGUCACAGAUGUUUAAUUAAUGUUUCAGGAAUGGGAAGUCGAGGGCUUUUUCUCUAGCACAAAGGUUACAGACCAACAAUUACGGAGAGUCAUACAAAUUGUACAUUGGAAAGGCAGAGAGUUUCUUCAUUCCCUAAUUUUGCUUUAGAACAGUGCUUGGUAAAUAUCUGUAGAUAAAAUAAAUGAAUUUUAACCAACUCUUCCAUUUUGCUGAUGAAAUGUACUAACUUUUGAGACUUGCCCUAGCAGUUAUAUCUAAAUCUCUUUUUACUACUGAGAAUAGAAAAGUUUUGUUUUACUUUAGAAACCAUGUUUUUAAAAAUCUUGUCUGGGGGAAAAUAUCUUUAAUAGGCUAUUAUUCUAAAAACAAAAAACAAACUCUGGAGUGUGAUAUUGUUUUACAUUAGGAACAGAAGAGGUAGUAGAAAAAGCAUGGGCAUUGGAGUCAGACAUUCAUUCAUUCAACUAAUAUUAAGCUCCUACUUUAUACUUAGAAUUGUAUUGGGUAAUAAGAAUAUAGUAGUGAAGACAAAAAAGGUUCCUACCCUGUGGAAAUUAUAUUCAAAUGGAGGAAGGCAAAAGAUAAUUUCAUAGGGAGAUAAAACACUAUAAAGAAAAUAAGGCAAUGAGGUGAGAAAAAGGGUGAGUGGGAUGGGCCUACUUUACUUACAAUUGUCGAAGAAGGGCUCUCUGAGGAAGUGACAGGGGAGCCGAGUCCUGAGUGAGGAGCAGGAACCAGCCACGUGAAGAUCUGAGGACUAGUGUGCUAGGCAGGUGACACUACAGGAGCAAAGGCCUUGGGACAGGUAAGAGCUCAGUUUGAGGAACAAAGGGAACGCAUGCCUGAAGCACAGUAAGAGAUGGAACUGAAGAGACUGCAGCAGAAACUUCUUCCAUGGUGUUAUGACUCCCAGCUUUUGGCUGGGCACAUGGCUGCCCAGAAACAGGAAGACAUUGUCCAGCCUUUCUCAGAGGUCUCUAAGUUCUGACCCCUGUAAGUGGAAGCAUUAUGUAGAGCUUCCAGGAAUCUGCCUUAAACACAGCAGGCAUGUACCCCUUGCUCUUUUCUUCUUCCAACUUCGCUACUUGGUACACAUGUAAUGACUGGUACUCUAGCUGCUCUUUUAGGUCACAGGGAUGAGGGUCAGGUCCUAAAGACCGGGGAACAUGGCCUGGAAGGAGUUUGUGCCCUGAGGACUUUCUAAAAUAUAGGUAUUUUUAUUGAUUUCAGCCUCCUGCAUGCACCCUACUGGGGAUCGAGCCCA